AUGGCGGCCGGCAGAGGAUUGUUUUUGGGUCAGGCUCUUCUUCGCCGUGCUGUUUUGCAACGACCACAAGCUGCACAAGUUUUGUUAGGAAUCAGAAGAGGUUAAUGUUUAAGUAACACUUUCUUUAAGAUCGUUACUUUAGAGCAGUUACAAAGAUAACUUAAUAUUUUUAGUCAAUAUUAACACCACCUUCACUUACCUAUUACUUGGGUAUUACUUGCCCAUUUCAUAAUUUAACUUCAGUUGAACUCAACGGAAGUUCACAUAACUUACUAUGCUUCGCUGCUGGCUAAACUUAUCCGUUUCUUUAACAAAGCGGAAUUACAGGAAAAGUAAAUCUUUCAGGGGGUUGUUUGUAUUUGGUAGGAAAUGAUUUUAAAGUUAGUAGAACCUUUUUUAUUAAAAACUGAAUCAUUGGAUAAUGCAAUUCUAGCAUUUUGAUUGGCUUAGCCGUUAUGGUAUAUGAGCUAUUAUACCAUGCUCUCCAUAUAUGGUCAGUGUACGCGUCAGUUUAAAAUUGGAAGCUANGGUAGGAAAUGAUUUUAAAGUUAGUAGAACCUUUUUUAUUAAAAACUGAAUCAUUGGAUAAUGCAAUUCUAGCAUUUUGAUUGGCUUAGCCGUUAUGGUAUAUGAGCUAUUAUACCAUGCUCUCCAUAUAUGGUCAGUGUACGCGUCAGUUUAAAAUUGGAAGCUAGCUGAGAUUUUUUUUUUGCGAAGGAUAGAACGGCGCCCGAAGCAAAUUGUUUUAACUCAUUUCUUAGAAUACUAGAAAUGCAAUUUCAUCGAAAGAAAAAAGACAAAAACAAACAAAAAAACCUCAAGAGCUUGUUUGAAAGUUUGUUGAAAAACACAUGAAAACACAUGGAACUAAAGUACCUUGACCAGCUACGAAAGUAGACAAGUGUUGUUUCUUCAUGAUCACGAAGCCAUUCGCCGAUCGAGUCACUCGCCAAUAGAUAACUGCGGCUUGUUUAUCCGACAUCAAGAAUAUAAAUCGCAAGUAACCAGCUACAAAUACAGGCUAUGCAGCCAUUCACUAGAGCAGUCGAGGCGGCAGUAUAGCUUCUUUUCUCGUUCAGCAAAACCAGCUUGUGGCUUGUGACAAGCGACCGAGGUAAUAGUUUUUCUCUGUUGUUCUUACUUUUAUAACUGCACCGAAAAUCCAAAUUCACAGUAAUUUCGAUGGCUGUCACUUAAAAAUUCUUUUCCUUCACAUUAUCUGCCAGGUUUUUUUAGCUUUUCUGCUGUGUAAAAUUCAUCACUACAAUGUUUUGAUUUUUCAUUCAUGCAGUCCAGGCGAGUCCAUUCGCGCGUUGACAGUUUUGAUAGACGUGUGACAUGUGAGUAGCGGAAGACCCUUGUCUUUUCCGGUUUGUUCUAGUCGGGGAGAUUCAACGAGAUUUUGUGGGCGUUUUUAAUAAAACAAUUAUUCCACUCGCGCUUGUUGGAUAUGAGAUGAUUAUAGCCAACUCGUCACUACGCGCCUCGAUGGCUAUCUAUCAUCUCAUAUCCAACGCGCCCUCGUGGAAUAAUUGUUAAGUAGCACAUUCACUUUCUUGGAAAGGCAAAUUGCUAAAUUGUGGGUAUUUAUUUGUCUAGUAAAUUUUAUUCUGUGUACUUUGUGUAAUAUGCCAUGCUCAGCUCACUUUUUCAUAGAUGUAAUGAAACAAAAGACUGGACACUUGUCAGGUUCAAUUGAAAUGCUAUUAACUUUUGUGUUUUUAUUCCACACAGCUCAUGAUGAUCAUUUACGAUUCCCUAUCCCCACUCCAGAGAAUGACUGGAAAGGUUUUACUCGUGAGUGGCCUGAUGAUGGUUAUGCUCUAGGAGACUAUCCUAAUCUUCCAAAUAUUUCUUAUCAAAGAAGACAGCACAAGGGCUGGUGGGACUGGCAAGAACGCAGAAACUUUAAUGAACCAGUAAGCUGCAAUGAUGAACCCAUACACACUGAAACCUUUUUUUUUUUAAUUAUCCAUUCUAGUUUAUGCAAAACACUAAAAAUGAAUCCCACUGUUUUUACAUGAUAACGUGGUAUGUAACUCAUUCAUUUUGAUACAGGCCAAUUUUUAUAUGGAUGUGUUACAUCAUGUAGUGCAUUUUCCUUCAUCCACAAUGAAAUGGGCACAGCAAGUUUUAAUGAUCCACCUUGAGUGUCAUUUUCCUAACAUUUUCUCAACUUCUAAGUGUAAAUGCAGGGCUAGACUGUUCACAGACCAUUUAUUUUCUCUUCAAAGUCUGUUGAGCGCGCGUGAUAAAAUAUAAACCACGGGGGAUUUAUUGACCUCCAGUGCAAGGGGGUAGUGGUGGGGGAAGAAGAAAAUAUAUUUUUCUUUCUUGUGCUCCGCACUCAUUUUCUGAUGCUCUGUGCUCGUUUUCGCGUGCCCUGCGCUCAUAAUGAACAAAACAAAAAUAAAACGUUUGUGUACAGGCUAAUGCAGGGCCAUGCACACAAAUGUUACAUGUAUUUUCACCCUUACAAACUUCUGGUGGACUUCAAAAUAACAUGGAGCAUUCUGUCUAAUACUUAAAUAAAGGUGGAUCUUUCUUGCAUUCUUUUGUUGUCUGAAAUGGAUAUUCAAGCGUAAAUUUGAAAGUAAUAGUGUGCAAAAUACAUGUAAAUUACUUGUUUUCUUAUCAGAUUCAUGAAGAUGAGGAUGGACUGAAUGUUUGGGUCUGGCAAGAGGUGGAGUGUAGUGGAAUAUACACACCGUAAGUGCCUUAUGACAGACAUCAGUAUGAUGUUUUUUUGUUAGUUUUUCUUUAAUUUUUCUUUUUGCUUUUUCUCCUCCCCUCUUCUUUUGCUUCUCUUGCCUCAUAUUUUUUCUUUUGCUGGGCAUUUAGUAGGCUUCAUUUUUGUGCAGGGCUGUCACUAGCAUUUCAAGUUGCCGGGUAUAUGUGAUAAGUGGAAGGGGAAUUGUACAGCAAGGAAGUUCUUUUUGUUCUAUUACCAGUAUUUUCCUUUUGUUUCCUAUGAAAGUAGCCGGGGAAAAUCCCCCUGACAGCCGUGUUGGUGGGAAAAGCUUUUGGGAAUAGGACCUUAGGAUUAGAUGAAAGGAGAGGUAGCAGCGUGCAAAGAAAGUCGUGUCCAAUAGCCCGGGGCCAGUGGAUUUUACUAUCGGGCUCGCAAAUGUUGUUUUUAACUUUCCCGCCUGGCAAGUGAAAUUUUUGAAGGAAUUAUAAUCACAAAAGAAUUGUUACACUGUAUCAACCCUGCUCAUCAUUGGGCUAGUUAAAAUGACUUUUGGGCUAGUACAUGCUAACUACAGCCUGCCUGAAUGGCAUGCCGUAAAACUGACGUUCUUUGCACCCUGGGUAGGUGGGUUAUAGAACAAGAUUUUUAUGUGAAUUUUUGGGUCAAUGUCUCAUGGUUCAUGGCUGCAAAAAUAUUUUUUUCCUGGGGCCAGGGUCAACAAAGACUGUCAUACAUGUAUGCUACAACGGUGCUAUAAUUGAACACCCUGUAGAUGUUUGAAAGCCUAGUAGGAUUCUCCCUAAAGACUAUACAUAUAAUGUAAUAUUCCUUCAUGUCAAUCUUCUAACAUCUAAUCUUCGAUUUUAUGUGCCUUUGCACAAAAAGCUUACAUUUAAAGUUUAGAAGAUUUACUUUGUUUUUUCUUGUGACUCAAUUUUGGGGAUUUUAAAAAUUUCUAACCUAAGAAAAAUUUGAACCACAACAUCCUUAACAUUGAAACUUCAUUUUGAAAGCACUCUUCCAGACAAAGUUUUGAGUGUGCCAGCCCAUGGUAUCUUUUUACUCCUGUAACAGGACAAGGUCCUGGGAUUAAGAACUACACUACAAAGAUAAAAGAAUCAUCUUUGUUUAUUGUGGUCAUGUUGUAUUUCAUCCUCAGGCAUCAAGCACUGUUGCAUAUGACAAUUGCUUUUGCUAUCGUUGGGUUUGUUGGAUAUCUGUCUUAUCUUUAUGACCAAACAGACCCUAACCCUGCGGUAAGAGAUUCUAUGUUUCUUUAUACAAUGUUAUUACAAGCAGGGACAUUAUUAGACUUUCUGUACACACACACGUUUUAGUCCAGAAGAAAAUGCAAGUAAUGUUUCUUGCAUUACACUGUACUGUGCUCAGCAGGUAAUGUGAUAGGCAUUUUUCCCAAGACAGCUAGAGAAACGGUAGAUGAAGACGGGGAAGAGCUGGCAGACAGGCUGUUGGUGUAGCUUUUUCUGUUGAAAGUAAAUUUAAUCACAAACAACAGCGAAUGCUGUUCUUAACUUGCUCGACAAACAAGUGACUUUUUUUUUUUUUGGAGGAGUUCAAAUGACAGAAGAACUGUAAUCAAUCCUACUCAUCAAAAUGUUUUUGGGGCUAGUUAAAAUGACUUUUGGGCAAGUACAUACUAGCUACAGCUUCGCUAAUCAUAAGCUGUAAAACCUGACUUUGUUUGCAAUGUGCAUCGGCUUUAAAAAUUAAAUCAUAAACUUUGAUUAACUUGUAGACUGAGUUGUUUUCAAAAGCCCCAAAUGCAACCCUUUUUAAACUUCUUCAUUUUUGUCCAUGUGUGUCCUUAUUUGUAUCUUUUGAGUUUUUUAAAAGUUUUUCAAGCAGUCAUUUUUAUAUUUCACUCAAUUCUAUGGCCAGAUUUGGCUAAAUGCUCCUUGAAGCUGCUUUCAAACAUUCAACCAUUUAUUUGCUAUUUCAGGCACCGAAGGAGUAUCCCUUUAAUAACCUGUACCUGGAGAGAGGAGGCGAUCCAAACAAAGAUCCGAGCGAGGAAAAACAUACCUCGAACAAAAUCAUUUCUAACAACGUUUAUGGUUGUUAGUGUCCCUCUCAUUCCUCCUUUGAGAUCUUUCUUUUGUCAGAAGACAACUUAUCACUAAAUUGAGACGUUUGUCGUGCGCAGAGGUCUAUCUCCGUAAUCCUUGUUUUAAAUCCGAAAGCAUUUAUGGAUCCAAAAAAGCGGUUAUGACAAAUAUGUAGUGUAUUUUUUUUCUUGAUCUUGGAGAAGUAAAU